UCAACAGUUCAACAUAUUUCCGGCUAUAUUCAGCCGACAGUUGAAUUUCUCAGCUGCGGCAGCCAAUUGUGGACAGAACAAGCUCAUGGAUGAGCUGAGGCCGAAUCUAGGACUCCUUGGAGUUGGACUCGUUGAUAAUGACACAUUUCAUCUUAAUCACAAUCAGGAGAAGAGAAAGUGCAGUAGUACUAGCUCGAAUGAACAGGAUUUUGGACUUUAUGGGGUGCAUCAGGGGCUUGAGGCUAGUCCACCGACACCUGCAGCUACACCCGGGAGAAAUAGCGUUGGAAAUGCUAGCUCCGUUGGGGCUGAGGGGGCAUUUAAAAAAUUGAAACCCGAGCCAUGUGCCUCUAGUCCACACAUCGGCCACACACCAACCACAGCGAGUUGUCCGACGCCCGCACGACGACGGCACAGGACCACUUUUACCCAGGAACAGCUGGCGGAAUUGGAAUCGGCGUUCGCGAAAUCCCAUUAUCCGGACAUAUACUGCAGAGAGGAAUUAGCGAGGAGCACGAAAUUGAACGAGGCCAGAAUCCAGGUGUGGUUUCAAAACAGAAGAGCAAAGUACAGGAAACAAGAGAAACAAUUACAAAAAGCAUUGGCCCCGAUACCAGCAUGUCAAGGAGCAAUGAUGAGGAAUAUAUACCCAGGAGCCGGAAGAGGAUAUCAGCCUUACGCACAUCCGCACAAUAGCAUAAAUGGCAUAAACCGCUAUCCCCAGAUGGGAGCAACGUCAUAUCCAAGUAUGCCUCAGCCUUUCUCAAUGUCGCACUCGGCGUCAAACAUGUCAGCAGUCACUGGAAUGCGACAAGAUGCAAUGGGUAAUUGA